AAAUCGAUGAGCGGGAUGGGGAGCCCGAGGCGGUGAGGAGGCAGGCGGCGAACCCCACCCCAUGGACCCCCGAGGCGGUCGCGGCUCCGGUGCCAUGGAGCGGCGCCUGAAGCUUAGCAGCCGCCGCUUCGCCGCUGCCAUGAGCAGCAUUAUGGAGAAGUACAACUUUUCCUUUGAUGAAGAUAGGAUUGUUUCCAUUAAAUCAUUAACUUAUAAUACACCAGAUGGGCCAAAGGUUUGGGGAGAAGAGACAAGCACUGAAAUUAUAGAUAGAUCUCACCAGAGUACUGUACAAUGUCAAGAAGAAACAGAAACAUCAUGGCAGCAGUUCUCUGCUUCUGAAAAUGGGAACUAUACAUAUAAUCAGAUGACAUUUGAGGAAGAAUCAUUCAUGAAUUCGUAUGGAGUGAGUCAACUUGAUACAGAUCACCAGGAGAAUACUGAGGUGGUAUUUGUUAAAAGACAUUUGGAAAAUAUCCAUCUUGAGGAAAAUAUUCCUCUUGAAAGCUGUUCUGGAACACCUGUGAAAAGUAAAUGCAGUGUUGAAAUGGAUAUGCUACUGGAGGAGGAUGUGAGCUCUGUUCCAUCAGAACUUACGGUUAAAAGAACACAAACAAAGAAUGUUCACCAGAGGUCACCUUUGCAAGAGCUGGAAGAUAACUCUUUAACUGAUCAACAAGACAGUGUAUUGACAAAGCAAGCACAAUCUACAGACUGGCAUCCUUCAUCAGUAUCUGUGCUGCCUUCCAACUCCGUUGUUCCAAGUUCAUCAGAUGAGACAAGUGUACCUAGAAAUCAGUCCCUUUGGAGUAAUAAUGAAACUGGACACAAUAGUUUUCUGGAAAUGUAUGAGUCUGCAGAUGAGCAUUGUUCUUGGAAUAAUGUCACAAUAGCAGACCUGUAUCCAGGAAUGGUAAAGACACUCAGUAAAUUGUUGCAUAAAGCUUCUGGUUCAUUAAUAAAAUGGUACAAAUAUGGAUAUUGGCACCGUAGGAAAACAAAGUUUAAUACUAGUACAGAGAGAAUAAGGAAGUCCAGGCCAUUAAAAUUGAAGUCUAGCUUAACAGUUAGAGAAAGUGAUGGGCAGAGGCAUACAUUGCCCACAGUAAAUAAUGGAAGUAAGUCUCCUUUUGAUAAUAACACACAUCACAUCCAUUGUUCAGGAAACAAUGUAUCUACAGUAGUAUCUUCAAGAUGCCAUAAUGUAGAUACAAUGGAUAUAGACUGUUCUGGCAUUGUAGAAGAUUAUUCAUACAGAGAAAGAGUUCAACAAGAUGACCCUGAGACUGCCCUGUAUAGUAGUGAUCUUUGUAAAGAAGAAACUUUCCUGGUCAAAGGUCCACAGUGUAUCACUUCACGUUCAGACUGUGUAAUGAAAGGUAAAACCUUGGAACAAUAUCCUACAACGUACAUUGUGGAUUCAGGCACAACAUUUAAUCUAGCAACAGAAAGUAAAACAAGGGAAACGACCACUACAACAAUCAAGCUUGCAUCAUGUUUAAGCUCAUCCUUAAGUAACAGCACAAAUUCUUACUUGCAAAAUAGCAAGACUGUUCUGGCAAAAAUCUCAAAUGGAUUACCAGAAAAUCAUGAAAUUAAAAUGUUUAAAGGAGCUAUUUCACGGCAGCGGAGUCAUUCAUUUUCAUCAUUUUCUGUUAAUCGAAGUCCCAUCAAAGUUCAGCAAAAAUGUGAAGAUGCAUUUGAAAAAGUCUACAAUGAACUGUGUUCUCCAAAGUUGAAGAAACCAUUUAAGAUUUCAAAUACAUGUGCAAGCCCUAAGAAGUCUGCAGACUUUCAUAGAUCUGGUUUUAAUAGUCUUUCUUCUUCAAAAUUUCAUCAGAUAACUAACAGUACCAUUGAAUGCAUAUAUCAGAAAUUGUGUUCUGAAGGGUUUCCAAAAAUCCCUCCAUUUCUGAGAGCAGCAAACUUAAAAAAAUAUGAAGGAAUCCAAAUGUCUGAAACUGUAAAUGCCUUAGUUAAUUCUCCCAUUAGAACUUUACCUGCAGUUGCCAGAAUUAAAAGAGCAGCAAACUUCUGCAAUGAAGACUGUCGAUCUUCACCCAUAAAAAGAUUAAAAAAUAUAUCUGAGAACUCUUCUCAUAGAAUAAGUGAGAAGGUACCUUACUGGAAAAACAUUAAUGUUCAGAAGACUGACAUGACUUUCACACUGUACAGUACUAACAAAAACAAAUGGACCUCACAUGGGGAUUCUGGAUUUUGCAUUUCUUCAAACCACCACUUUCUGGCUACUGCAAGCACUGAUAUGAACGAAUCUAGGAUUGUAGAGACCUGGGAAAGUUUUCAUCCAUGUUUUCAGAAAUGUGACUCUCUAAGAAAGUCACAGAAGCAUACAGUUGGUGUUUCCAGGAAGCUGAGCUAUAAUGAUGGGAGAGCUGAAUAUAAAAAUGCUUAUGUGAAAGAAUCCAUGUGUAAAAAUUAUGAACAAUAAUUUCUGGAAGGGUAUGACUAUGGAGAGGAAAUAGAUCAUUUUUAAGGGAAAAGAUAUUUGGUUGGGUCCAAAAAUGUCUUUCCAUUUAUUAAAAGGACAAGGAUCCAAUGAAUCCAAUUGCAUUCCCAAAUUCAAUUCAUUCCAAUUUGGGAAUGAAACUAAGGGAAGACAGUUUUCACCAGUUCCCCUUAUCCCUAUAACCUACCAGCUCCACAUUUAAUAUAGAGGAGCAGAUUUUAGGAAGCUACAGAGCAAAUUGGGAGCUUAGCACUUUGUCCCACUAAUGUAACGCUGCUCAUGAGACUCCAAAUACAACCCACUGCAGUUCUGCUAUGCAAUUUGAGAGCUAUAUGCUUCAAGAAAUUGAGUAGACCUUGUCUCUAGAAUCCAGUUGGCUUAUUAAGAGAGAGAGCACUGUUGCUUGAAAACUCAUCAAGCUUGUGUCUCUUAUAGAAAAUACAUCUUUGGAGUUUUUGUGUGCACACAUAACUUCAGCUCUUUCUAAUGUAUUCUACUUGCCUAAUCAAGAUCUACUCUUAAUAUAUAAUGCUUUAACAGAUUUUUAGUGCAUUUGUGUACUGUUGAGUGGGCUUAUGCUUUAGGAAUGAGCAGAGCAUUAUUCCAUUGCUGAAAAUGUGAGAUUUAGAAAGCUGUAUCUUGUGUAUUGCAAAUUUGAUUUUAAUGUGUUAAUUGUGUGCGUUUAGUGCUUGAGAAUUCUA